CGUCAUUUUGACGCCUUGGAUGCGGCAGGGACGCACUUUCUCUCUGAAUCCGGUUUGCACGGUUCCGUUAGGCUAUAAAUACUGGCAGCUGCCGAACUGGUGCAGCGUCAGACGGUCCACAGUCACUGGAAACCAGCAGAGGUCUUCUUCGUUACUUCUUGCUGCUCCUUCUGAGAGUCAGAGAGGAUGUUAAUGAUGAUGAUGAAGAAGAAGAAGUGGGCCAAGGAGUCCCUGGCAGUUCUGACUCUUCUUCUGGCCUCGGCCAACUGCAUCCUGCCUCCGUCCAAGGACGACCUGAACGAGAUCUCCGUCCUGGGGGAGAGGUACCUGGACAAACAGAUUGAAAACGCCAUUGACGGCGUGAAGGAGAUGAAGAGCGUCAUGCAGAAAUCCUCAGAAGACCAUAAGAAGUUUGUGGACGCUCUGGAGAAAACGAAGCAACAGAAAGAUGAGGCGAUGCGAGCGGCUGAGGAGAUGGAAGCCAAGCUGGAGCAGGAGGAGGAGGUUUGCAACGAGACGAUGAAGACUCUGUGGGAGGAGUGCAAGCCCUGCCUGAAGAAGACCUGCGUUAAAUACUACUCCAGAACUUGCAGCAGCGGAUCUGGACUGGUGGGACGGCAGCUGGAGGACGUGCUGAACAGAACGUCCCCCUUCUCCAUCUGGAUCAACGGGGAGCGGAUCGACACCCUGGAGCAGGAGGGGCGGCGGCAGAACAAAGAGUUCAGGAACCUGGAAGAAAAAUACACGGAGAUGGAAGACGGAGUGGAGAACAUCUUCUCAGACAGCAUGAAGGUGGCCGAUCACGUGCACCCUCCGAUGUUCUUCUUCCCUAAAUUCCUGGCGCCGAUUUCUCGCCACAGCAGAAGCAUCCGCACGCUGUUCCACAAUCCGUUCCCCGACUUCCAAAGUUUGUUCUCCCCCCUGAUGGAAAUGGACAGGAACCUUUUUGGAUCCAUGAUGGACCCAGACUCUGACCCCCCGACUAACCAGGACGGCAGCGUGAAUGAGGACGUGGUCAUCACCAAGCCUUUUGGGAACGGCAAGAUGACCUGCAGGGAGAUCCGCCGCAACUCGGCCGGCUGCAUCAAGUUCCGCGACGAGUGCGAGAAGUGCAAAGAAAUCCAGCAUCUUGACUGCUCGGGGAAGAAACCCCUGGAGGGCCCGCUGAAGGAGGAGCUGGAGGCGUCCCUGGCCAUGGCGGAGCGUUUCACCCAGAAGUACAACAACAUGCUGAAAAGGUUCGAGGAGCAGGUGUUCAACACCUCCUCCAUCCUGGACACGCUCAACAAGCAGUUCAGCUGGGUGUCGUCUCUGGCGAACACCACCGAGGACGGCACCUUCCGAGUUAAGGCGGUGACGUCUAAGGACGCUGAGGAGAAGAAGGCUGCAGGAACCAGGGUGUCCGUGCAGCUUUUUGACUCUCCGGCUAUGAACUUCACCGUGCCGGGGGACCUUCCCUGGACCGACCCCAAGUUCUCCGAGGUGGUGGCUCAGGAGGCCCUGGACCGCUACAAGGAAACCAGCGUAGUGGUCAAAUAAACUCCACCUGGACUCACAGCCGAACUUCAGCUUGUGCCAAUGAGAAAACGCCGCAAAUUCAUCAAACUGCACCCGAAAUCCUGAAGCUUACGCACCGAUCCUGAGGCUCGAGUCCUGCUUCUGCAAUAAAACGCAGUGUAACCUCCAAGGGUUAUAUAGUCCUGCUGUAGGAGAAGAUAUUUAGUAGAAAACAGGCCUGAAUCCCAUCUGGAGAACCUCCUGCAUACAGGAAGUUCUUAUAAUAUGAGCUGGGUCUCCUAAAAGUGGCCAUAGUGCAAAAAUGACAAGUUUCAUGUAUUUUUAGAACAAACAGUGCAGCUGUCGUCAGCUCUCGUUCAUUAAUAUCAUUUUUGAACAAAAUUUAGAGUAAAGUUUAUUCCUUGUGUUGCCGUGACUUUAAUGAUCUGAUAUUUGUCGUUGCCGUGUUCAGUUAUGGUUGUUCUACCGGAGUUGAUGUGAGUGAUUUAAAUGAUUAAAAAGCAAUAAAUAGAUUUAAUAGAACCUGCCAAA